AUGAUGUCAUCAGAUUUGGAAAUUGAUUAUACAAGUAAAUGGUAUUACAUUAACAGCAUGUAUUUUAUCCUACAAAAUGAUAAAAUUUAUAGAUCAUAUUCAAUACCAUUUGGUCGUUUUGAACAAAUUUUUCAAGCUGAUGGAGACAUUGAAGCUUUAUGUUAUGCUUCAAAUGUUUGUGUUCUUGUUUCAGGUGGUAUGGUCUAUUCAUAUCCUGUAAGUUAUAACAGACAUAUUUAUUUAUCACAGGAUUUUUCAGAGGAUCCAGAGAAAACACCAAGUUGGGAAUUGGUUUAUUCAUUCACUCCAAAACUUACUCGAAAUUAUAGAUUUACAAAUUUAUUUUAUAUUGAUGGGUAUUUCAUUGCUUUUGGAUGUGGUGAUUUAGUAAAUAUCAGUAGUGAUGGAAGAAAUUGGUCUGAAAUCACAAAAUUUCAAGAUGUUAGAAAAGCAAUUUUCAAAAAUAAUACGUUAAUAUUGAUGACAAGACCAAUUUUAAUUUCUUACCCAGUUUCAAUAUUAUAUAAUAAAUUCAAUAUUCAUAAUGGAUUAAAUACAAUUCUUGAGAUGAUUUACCCCAUUGGUUCAAUAUAUACAUCAAUGAAUUCAACAAAUCCAGCUGAUGUAUUCGGUUUCGGUACAUGGCAACAAACCGGUGGAAGUAAAAAGAUUACUGGCGAAAAUUUACCUGCUCAUAGUCAUUAUGUUAAUUUAAACACUCAAGACUCGGGCUGGCAUAGUCAUACUUAUACUAAUUCGUUUGAAUAUCCUGAUGGAAAUAAUGGAUUUCUUGAUGGAUGGUCUGAUAGAGACGCUAGCAGGGGUAAAUAUUGGUAUGGUAAUAAAAAUAGAUGGAAUGAAGGAUAUACUUCAAACGGUUCAGGUACACAUUCACAUAACGUUUCAGGAUAUACACAAACGACAGGAAGAGGUACAGAUUACAUGCCACCUUAUAUGACAGUUUAUGCAUGGUUUCGCGUUCAAUGA